UUAAUUAAUUUUUGAGAGAUGGUCUCACUCUGUCAUCCCGGUAGGAUCUUGGCUCACUGCAUCCUCUGCCUCCUGGGCUCAAGUGAUCCUCUCACCUCAACCUCACGAGUAGCUGGGAUUCCAGGCAUGCACCACCACACCUGGCUAAAUUUUGCAUUUGUAGUAGAGAUGGGGUUUCACCAUGUUGCCCAGUCUGGUUUAUGAUUUUUUAAUCAUCUAGCCUAAAAUGUCAAAACUUGUGACUUUUUACGCCAAGUUUGAUGAAGAAGUAUAUAGUUGUUGAGAAGUAUUGCACAGGGGGUUUGAUCUAAUGUGAUAAACUUGGGGGAAGCUUGCAAGGCCUGUUUGCUCAGAUUCUUCUCUGUGUCCCUGAGUCUUCAAAGUUAGGGCUGUUUCUUAUCUCCAGGCAGAAAGAGAGUAACUCUUAAAUGAGUAUCUUAUGACCCGCUUCAGGGUGAAAGGCGAGAGAAGAUCAGAGUGGAAUGACUAUUCUAGGUGUUAGGACCUGCUUCUAAUGUUUUCUCAAAUGUGGCCAAGGUGCCAUGUUUGAGGAGUAGUAUGUCCAGAAUUCCAUCAGUAGAUGCUGUUACCUUCACUUUACAAAUGGGGAAACUGAGGCUCAGAAAGAUCAAGGGAUAUGCCCAGGCUCACACAGUGGGCUUGUAGCACAGCUGGGAUUCCAGCCCAUGUCUGAGGCCUGAAAGCCUAUUCUUAACCUCUCAUUUCCCUGAGACCUGCCCUUUGCAGCCGGGAGGUGGCCAAAGGAGGCAGAAUCCUAGGCCUUUCCCGAAGAGAACAGGUAAAGGAAGGUGGUCCUUGCAGUCAGGCUGGUCUCUGAAAUUUUGCUCCUCAUCACCCAGACUCAGGUGGUGUGAAGAAUGCUUACUCUGCCCAUGAAGGGCAGCCUUGAAGCAGGAGUCUCUGGCUGACAGACUUUCAGGAACUUGUCUGUCUGUCUUAUGAGACAGCUGCCGGCAGGUGGCUGAUUGACAGCCUGAAUGGACAGUUCUCCUGAAAGAUAGUGGCUGGCUGGCUGGCUGGCUUACCAGCAGGUGGACAUGGUAUACCUGUAUGAGUGACCAGCCAAGUGACCGACCAACAGGUGGGCACACAGACCCACUGCCAGCCAGCUUGGACUGUGGGUCCCUAGCCCAUGGAGCCACCUGGCCUACCUGGGACCCUAAAGCCUAGCUGUCCACCUUGAAGAGAGGGACUGGGUUUUUUAAACUAGGGCCUGGCUCCCUGCCCCCGGUCCCCUCAUUCCCACAGGCCACUGCCAGCCCAGCCCAGGUUCAGCCCCACAGUUUUUCCCUCCUCCUAUCAGGGCUGGCCCCUGACAAAGGACCCAGGGAACAGGGCAGGGCCUCAGUGCCCUUCCACAUGAGGGGGACACAUGGCCUUGGACAUGACCCUCCUUCCAAGGGGAGUUCUGCCCUGAGUCAAGAAGGCGAGGGUUUGCUAUCACCCAUCAGCAGAGGCCCCAGAACAUAGGAAGGGUUCGGAGGGGAUGGACAGCCUUUCUGACAAGCCCCAUCCAGUGGCCGACUGACCACCUAGUACAUGAGGCGUGCUCCUUUCAGAGCCCGGAGGGACGUGGCUAGUGCUUCCCUCCCCUGCCCAGAGGCUCAGGCUGUGGACUUUGCCCUCUAUAAACAGCCAUAUCUCUAAAGCAUAAAGUAAUCCCAGAAAGGCUUUGAGCCUUAGCAGAAGAGGCUGAAAUCGAAGCUUCAGGGAGAGCCAGAGGUGAGGCCGGAGUGGGAGCUCACCUGAGGCAGGGCCAGCGAGUGAGGGACAACAGGUACCAGACAAGGAAACCAAGGCCACCAUGGGCACAGAAAACGCACCUGGAGACAAAGCCAGCCCAGACCCUCAGGAUGUGCAGCCAAGCGUGUUCCACAGCAUCAAGCUGUUUGUCCUGUGCCACAGCGUGCUGCAGCUGGCGCAGCUCAUGAUCUCUGGAUACCUCAAGAGCUCCAUUUCCACAGUGGAGAAGCGCUUCGGCCUCUCCAGCCAGACAUCUGGGCUGCUGGCUUCCUUCAACGAGGUGGGGAACACAGCCUUGAUUGUGUUUGUGAGCUAUUUUGGCAGCCGGGUGCACCGGCCCCGAUUCAUUGGCUGUGGAGCCAUCCUUGUGUCCCUGGCGGGCCUGCUCAUGACUCUCCCGCACUUCAUCUCGGAGCCGUACCGCUACGACAACACCAGCCCUGAGAAUACGCCACAGGACUUCGAGGCUUCCCUGUGCCUGCCCACAGCCUCGGCUCCAGCCCCAGCUCCCUCCAACGGCAACUGCUCGAGCUCCACGGAAGCCCAGCAUCUGGGUUUGGUGGGGAUCAUGUUCGUGGCACAGACCCUGCUGGGCGUGGGCGGGGUGCCCAUUCAGCCCUUUGGCAUCUCCUACAUUGAUGACUUUGCCCACAACAGCAACUCGCCCCUCUACCUCGGAAUCCUGUUUGCAGUGACCAUGAUGGGGCCGGGCCUGGCCUUUGGGCUGGGCAGCCUCAUGCUGCGCCUUUAUGUGGACAUUAACCGGAUGCCGGAAGGUGGUAUCAGCCUGACCAUAAAGGACCCCAGAUGGGUGGGUGCCUGGUGGCUGGGCUUCCUCAUUGCUGCCGGCACAGUGGCCCUGGCUGCCAUCCCCUACUUCUUCUUCCCUAAGGAAAUGCCCAAGGAAAAGGAUGAGCUUCAGUUCCGGCGAAAGGUCUUAGCAGUCACAGACUCACCUGCCAGAAAGGGCAAGGACUCUCCCACUGAGCAGAGGCCUGGGGAGUCCACGAAGAAGCAGGAGGGCCCAGUCCAGAUUGCACCAAACCUGACUGUGAUCCAGUUCAUCAAAGUCUUCCCCAAGGUGCUGCUGCAGACCCUACGCCACCCCACCUUCCUGCUGGUGGUCCUGUCCCAAGUGUGCUUGUCAUCUAUGGCUGCGGGCAUGGGCACCUUCCUGCCUAAGUUCCUGGAGCGCCAGUUUUUUAUCACAGCCUCCUACGCCAACCUGCUCAUUGGCUGCCUCUCCUUCCCUUCGAUCAUCGUGGGCAUUGUGGUGGGUGGUGCCUUGGUCAAGCGCCUCCACCUGGGCCCCGUGGGCUGCAGUGUCCUUUGCCUGCUGGGGAUGCUGCUGUGUCUCUUCUUCAGCCUGCCACUCUUCUUCAUCGGCUGCCCCAGCCACCAGAUUGCAGGCAUCACCCACCAGCCCGGUGCCCAGCCUGGGCUGGAGCUGUUUCCAGGCUGCAUGGAGGCCUGCUCCUGCCAAUCGGAUGGCUUUAACCCUGUCUGCGACCCCAGCACUCGUGUGGAAUACAUCACACCUUGCCACGCAGGCUGCUCAAGCCGAGUGGUCCAGGAUGCUCUGGACAAAAGCCAGGUUUUCUACACCAACUGCAGCUGUGUGGCGGGGGACAACCCUGUGCUGGCAGGAUCCUGCGACUCAACCUGCAGCCACCUGGUGGUGCCCUUCCUGCUCCUGGUCAGCCUGGGCUCGGCCUUGGCCUGUUUGACCCACACACCCUCUUUCCUGCUCAUCCUAAGGGGAGUGAAGAAAGAAGACAAGGCUUUGGCCGUGGGCAUCCAGUUCAUGUUACUAAGAAUAUUGGCCUGGAUGCCCAGCCCUGUGAUCCAUGGCAGUGCCAUCGACACCACCUGUGUGCACUGGGCCCUGAGCUGUGGGCAUCGAGCUGUCUGUCGCUACUACAAUAAUGACCUGCUCCGAAACCGGUUCAUCGGCCUCCAGUUCUUCUACAAAACAGGUUCCAUGAUCUGCUUUGCCUUAGUUUUGGCUGUCCUGAGGCAGCAGACCAAGGAGGCAAGGACCAAGGAGAGUAGAUCCAGCCCUGGCCUGGAGCAGCAACUGCUAGUGUCAGAACCAGGGAAGAAGUCGGAGGACUCCCGAGUGUGAGCUGUCCUGGGUCCCCACCUGGCCAAGAGUGGCAGCCACAGCAGUACCUCCUCUGGGCCCUUUGCCAAAGAUUGGGUAUCAAGAGCCCUAUGUUCCAUUCUGGCUCCUCCACUAAAUUGCCGUGUGACUACAGGCAAGGCACUGAUCCUCUCUGAGCCUUUGCUUGCUAGUCUGAACCAAAGAGUUGUUUGGGGUUUGCUAUGUUGGCCAUCUUUGAAGCAAGAGGGUCUUCCUCUUUCUUCCCCUAGCCAGCCAGGUCCAGGCUUUCCUGGGUAGGACUGCAUACCUUUCCCUGGGGCCUAGGAUAGUGAAGUGGGCCGUAGUAGGCCAGGCUGCUCUCCAUGCUGGGCCCUAGCCCAGGUCUACACUCGCCUGGAUCACCCUCUCUGAGCCUCAGCCUCAGUGGAAAUGGACUUGCCAGCCUUCCGGCUCAUUCAGCUGUGACCAUCUGCGGCUAGGGUACAUUCAGAUCUCCUUCCCAACGUCAGCAGCCUUUAAGAAGUGUCCCUUUGGCGCCCCCUGGAGGCAGAGCACUGAGCUGGACUCUGGAUAGACCCCCACAGGGAGGAAGGAGCUGGCCUUAGGUGCAAACACCCAGACUUGGCAGGGCCUUCAGGAGGCCUGUAGUGGGGCCUCAGGAAGCCUUAGCUGGAGCGGGAAGACUCACUCUCCAUCUAAGGAAGUUCUAGCCCUUGCCUUCGAGAAGCCACGGUUGAGGUGUGAGCCCCUGCACCUGUCUUAGGGGCCCUGGGUGGGCAAGUCUGGGCCCUGGGGUAGGGAGGGAGACUCAGGCUCACACUUGGGUAUUUUCUAGUUUUAGAAAAACACACACUCAGUGUGCUCUCACUGAUACCUACACAUUACCAAGAUUUCGUAUCUGUGACCAGGGACCACCAAAGUCUCUGCGACCUUUGUGAAUAGGAUCCUGAUUUCUCUGUUUCCUCGUGGGUGCCUGGGUCUGUGUCACCUGGGGCUGCAUGAAUAAUGUCUAGUUCUGUGACACUGUUUUUUCGGGGGUGGCACCUGGUUCUCCAGAUGCCUGGGCUGGCAUCAUGCCCAGGACUGUAGUGCCGGGAGCAGUAAAGCUCAGCUCCGUGUAAUAAGUGAUGCUAUGACUUGCCUGGAUCUGAUGACCCAAUACUUUUCUACAUCAGGCCUUGUUUUGUUUUAUGACUAGUCGUAUCUGGCCUGGUUAUUUCCCUUCAGGGAGGAGAGAGUUUGCUCAUCAGCUCCCAGCCCAACCUAUUGUCACUAUACACCCCACCUGGCUGGGACCUGCUGCUUUGGAGCAGCAGACAGGGAGCCACCAGUAGUGUGGCUUCCUGGCCCUGUGCUGGGGGCUGGGGGGAAGCUGGGGUCACAUGCGGCUCUUGCCUUCUGAGAAGCUCUCAGUGCUUGGGCUUUGAGACUUUCCCAUGUGAUAAAAUAAAAAGGGUAACUUAGUUCCAUUUGUAAAAGGGUUACUCUCAUAUCCUUAUGUACAGAAAUCACAUGAACAAUAAAGGUUCCAUAGUGCAUAAAAAAUAAAAUAAUAAAAAGGAAAGGUACAGAAGUUCCAAUUCCCUUUUUAUUUUGCUGGUUGGUAUCUGUAAAUGUUUAAAAAAUAUCUGAUUCUGUAUGUAUCAAUGCCAAGAAUUUCAAAGUCUCCUCCAACAAUAUGAGGCUUUUAGGAUGUUUAUAUUCCUUCUGCCUCUAUGAACACAUAGAGCACUUUCCCAGGUUUUACAAGGGAAAAAACAUCUGGAAUUAUAGAUAUGGCUUAUUAUUAAAUUUGUUCCUUCAUAA